ACUCAUGUCAUUAGUCGGCCCGUCAACCACUAACAUAUGAUUUCGGAUUUCGUUGCAAUCCGUUUGUUGAUAUGAUUAUUCAGUGACGUGUCCAAGUUAUUUUUCAAAUAAAAAUGCAAUGCUUCCCAGAAGACGUCGUACGGGUUCAGAAAAUGAAAGUAUAGAUACUUAUAACGAGGGCACUUGGUCUAAAUCUAAUAAAUUUAAUCAAAUAAACAAUUUGUAUCCAAACAAUGUCUCUGAAAGUUACUAUUUAGAGGAUUAUAUUGAAGAUUAUACGGAACUUGAACCAAUCAUGACUGCUAGAGACCGUACUGGUGAAUUUGUGAACACAAUUCAAACUUUACAAGGCAGAAAUAUUGCUAGAGCCGUUUAUACAAAAGAUCCAAAGAGAUCAAAAAUAAUUCAAGGCCAUUCUGAGUUUAUGUUGAUUGCAAAAAAUGUGGGAAGAAAUAUUGCAAGCACAUACGCAAAGCUCGAGAAAUUAACAUUAUUGGCAAAAAGGAAAUCAUUAUUUGACGAUCGCAGUGCCGAAAUUCAAGAAUUAACUUAUAUAAUAAAGGGAGAUUUAGGCAGUUUGAAUCAACAAAUUGCGCAGUUGCAAAGUCUAUCUAAACAACAGAGAGAUUCUAGAAAUGGAAAACACUUACAGUCUCAUUCCAGCAAUAUAGUUUUAGCUUUACAGUCGAAACUAGCUACAAUGUCCACCGAUUUUAAGCAAAUACUAGAGGUCAGAACGGAAAACUUAAAACAUCAGAAAACAAGAAGGGAACAGUUCAGUCAGGGCGGACUGCCACCACCGUCGGCCAGUGUAGGCCAAUCAAAUAUAUUAUUCCAAGAACAUGAUCAAGUUAAUGUCAAUUUGGAAAGUCGACCCCUGCUCCCAUCACAAACACAAAUGCAGGCGGCGUUGAUGUACGAUGAAUCAGAUAAUUAUUUACAAAAUAGAGCAGAAACUAUGCAAAAUAUUGAGUCAACAAUUGUUGAGCUUGGUGGCAUAUUUCAACAGCUAGCUCAUAUGGUAAAAGAGCAGGAAGAAAUGGUUGAAAGAAUCGAUACCAACGUCCAAGAUGCUGAGCUGAAUAUUGAAGCAGCUCAUACCCAGAUUUUGAAAUAUUUUAAGUCAGUGUCUUCAAAUCGCUGGCUCAUGAUUAAGAUUUUUGGAGUACUAAUUUUCUUUUUUAUAUUCUUUGUUGUAUUUUUGACUUGAAAAUUAUAAUUAAUUGCAUAAGUAUAUAGUUAUCUCAAUAUUUCUUUUUUUUUUAACAAAAAGUAUAUAAGUAAAUAAGUAUAAGAAAGAUAUAAAAUAUAAAGUUUAUAAAAAGUAUAUGUCAAUCAUCUAUAAAUUAAAACUGUGAUAGUAAUCUAAUAAGAUAGUAAUUUUAAUUUAUCUAAAUAUUUAAACAGAGAAUUAAUAUAAUAUUUGAAAUGAAUACUUUACAGUAAUUUUUCAGGUAUCUUGUUUUUGAUACCGUAGAGGUAUAAAAUUAAAAUUAUUCAAGUU